UCUUAAUUCGUAUUUUUGAAACAAAAGCAAAUUGAGGGAAGAGAAUAAUAAGAUUUGUUCUCAAACAAGAUAUCGCGAGAUCUUAGGUAUGAACGUACUAUUGUGUCUGGUAUGAGAGGAGACUAAAGAACCCGUGCAACUGAUCGGCUCUGCAAUAAAGCAGCGCUGCAAGUACACUGACCUUUCUAUUAUAACUAGUCGCUCUAGAUUUUCUUUUUGACUCUGUUAAUGAGUUUCUAAUACUUAAUAGAUACACAUAUGAUCAACAACCCACUAACCAGUCUCUCUUUCUGUUCUCUCUCAUCCUACAAACCCUAAAAAAAAGCUCUCUACUUGUUUUUGAGAAUCAUCAAAUCAUCAUGAGCAUGAGCCUGGAAGCAGCUGAUAAGAUGCCCACAGACUUGGUUCCUCCAUCUGAGCAUCUUUGCUACGUCCGCUGCAACUUCUGCGACACUGUUCUUGCUGUUGGGAUUCCAUGCAAAAGAUUGGUGGACACAGUGACAGUGAAAUGUGGUCAUUGUAGCAACCUUUCCUUCCUUACCAGCCGACCUCCACUUCAAGGCCAGUGUCUUGACCAUCCCCAAUUCCAUCUUCAGGAGAAGCAGGGAUUUUGCAGUGAAUUCAGAAAGGGACAAUCAUCAUCAUCCUCCUCAUCCACAUCCAAUGAACCCUUGUCACCAAAAGCACCAUUUGUAGUCAAACCUCCCGAGAAGAAACACAGGCUUCCUUCUGCUUACAAUCGAUUCAUGAAGGAUGAGAUACAAAGGAUAAAAGCUGCAAAUCCUGAGAUACCACAUAGAGAAGCUUUUAGCACCGCUGCCAAAAAUUGGGCUAGGUAUAUCCCAAAUUCACCAGCUGGAUCAGUACCUAGCAGCACUACUUCUGAUGGCAUGGAUUUUGCAGGAAUUAAGUAAUUUGUGCAAUGGAGGCAGCGCUGAACGUUGGUUUGAUUUGGAGAGCAGUACUUGAGCUUGAUUAAUUAGUUAUUUAUGUGUCAAAUCUUUUAUUUUCUUGUCAUUUCUAUGUAUGUCAUAUAUUAAUAUGAUGUUAUGUUAAUUUUCUUGAUGAACUAAAGCUGCUAAUUAGACUUCUUAACUCUUGCUAUAUAUGUACUUUGAAUGAGAGACAAGUAAUUUAUAUAUCUUAACUCUUGUAGCCUUUGACUAGUUUUUUAGGUU